AUGGUGACAGACAGUUCGAUGUGUACAGCAACAUUGGUGUCCACCCGAGCUGUGAUCACAGCUGGUCAUUGUGUGUGUGGACCGAAAUCAAUCAACAGGAUCUCCUUCCAGACACUAAGUGAUUUCGACAAGCGAUCGGUAAAUUAUCAGGCGAUAUCAGUCAAGGUUGCACCAGAAUACGAUCCAGUGUGUCAGUUGAAACGAGCCAAUCAGCGUACACAACAGUCAUUCGGUGGUUAUGAUAUGGCGAUUGUGACGUUGUCGGGUAUAGUGGAUGUGUCCAGUGGAGUUAGAGUGAUUAGUUUGGCGUCGGCGUCGGAUAUUCCUGUACCGAACAGUAUUGUUUUCAUUGUUGGAUACGGGAAGGAUUCGAAGGCGUCGGAUGAUACGCGCAAAUAUGGUGGUGUAUUGAAGAAGGGUCGUGCCACUGUAAUGGAAUGUAUGCACAAAGUCGUUGGAAAUCCAAUCUGUAUCCGACCUGGUCCCGUUUCAGCACAAAUUGUCGGUCCAGGUGACAGUGGUGGACCACUUCUGCUAACGCCUCAAGGACCAAUUAUUGGUGUCGCUUCGAAUGGAGUUUUCCUCCCGGCUAUUAAUGAUUUGACUGUGGAAUAUGCAAGUGUCAGCAGGUCACUGGAAUUCAUUAUGUCCAAUAUCUAA